AUGCUUUUUGCGAGUCGAUCGACAUCGAUUCAAAAUGCCGGCCUUUCCACACAUGUUCUCGAUAUAUCACUGGGAAAACCCGGACAAGACAUUGAAGUGAAAACGUAUCAUCUCGAGAAUGAAACAUGGGAUUUAAUUGGGAAAAACAAAACUGAUUCAAACGGUCGAAUCUCUUCAGCCUUGUUUCUCGAAGGGAAAGAAUCGAAAUUCUCGAAUGGUCUCUAUAAACUUCGAUUUGAGAUUGGAAAAUAUUAUGAGGAAAAAGGAAUUCUGACAUUUUAUCCAUACGUAGAGAUAUUUUUCAAGAUCGACGACUCGAGUCAACACUUUCAUGUUCCUUUAACACUCAGUCCCUUUGGAUAUUCCACGUAUAAAGGGCAA